AUGACUGAAUUUUUGAGAGCAUCCUUUAUUAGUAGUUCAUCUGGCACUGAAAGAUAAACUCAUCCAAAUAAAAUUGAUAAUGGUCUAUUCAGAAAAAAAUUUAAGAAAAACAGCAAUUAAAUAAAUAACAGUUAAAUACAACAAUUCCGAUCAUUCCAAAAUUGUUCAAGUCCAGACUCUUCAGAUGAGAAUUAAUAACAACAAAUUAAAUCAGCCAUAAUUGAAUCAGAUACCGAUUAAAACUUAACCUACUCAAAGCAAUCUCCCAUUCCUACAUUAUAAAUUGACAUCCAAAAAAAUGGGAAUUCUAAAUAGAAAGUACCUCUGUAACCUGUAACCAUCUCAAAGUCCAAAUCUCCAUAACAAUUAAAAUAGUCAAUUUAAUUACUCACACUCUAGUUUGAUCUAAAGUAUAGAACUAUAAAAUUACCUGUGUUUCUUGAUGACACAUCCUUCACCUUGACGCAUAAAUUACUAUAGGAAUUAAGUAUAUCAACGACAGCAGCAAUCAUUUCAAAAACUGCAGACAUCAUUUAACAAACAAUAGAAAUGUAUAUGACUAGGUUGUACGAUUGGAUCAAUUAUAAUCGAUUGGGUAAAAUUGAUAGUGCCUUAUGGAAAGCAUAAGCCUAUAAAAAUAAUAGUUUUCUGUAAGACUUAGAAGAUGAGAUGCAAGUGGAUUUGUUAUCCGAAUACCAAUUAGUCGAUAAGAAUUGCACAAUUGGAAAGAUUAAGCUCUAUUAAUCUGGUUAAUACAUAGGGGAUAUUCCAGUAUACAGGAAUCAGGAUCCAUAAGAAUGCAUUCGGAACUUCUAUUAUUCCACAGGAUUGCAUUAUGAUGAAUAGAAAUUCAAUCGGCUAGUCAAUGAGGUCAUCCAGAUUUAAUUGUUAAGUGGAGAAAGCAUUGAUGAAAAAUAUACUAAGGACGAGAUUACGACAACUGUUAAAGUGAGUCAUGAUAAAAUUGUCAAAGUCAAUGCUAAAAGAAAUUAGAAUUUGGAUAAAUUUAUGAUCAAAUUAAGUGUUAAUCAUAAAUUAACACCUUAAUAGGCCAUGAAAGUGAAAGAUUAAAUAUAGAAAAGCUUUUACAUGUGA